AUGACGGGCAUGGAUCCAACGACGAGGCUUGCAUGGAAGGAGGAGCUCCAACGGUUGGAGAGUACCGUUUCCAGCUUCAAGUGCACAGUCUUCGGCUGGGUAUUGGCAGACCGUGCCGUCAGGAUCGCUCCAGGUACGUCGGCCGUCUGUGCAGCCGCCCAAACCGACGUGGCUCCGCCUUGGCACAACGAGCUGACUGCUCUGCUACAGCGGUUCUGGGAGACGGAGGAUCCUUCUCAGGCUCACCGCUGCUCAGAUGAGGACAUCGAGUGCGAGCGUGCGUUCGCAGACCACCGACGCGCCACGGACGGGCAGUAUAUCGUGCGCCUCCCGCUGAAGGGCAGCGGUUCACUUCUUCUUGGUGGCAGUCUUCAGAGCGCCAAGGCCUCCUUGGCAGCCCUGCAUCGCUGGCUUCGGCAAAGCCCCGACAUGGCUGUGAAGUACAGUCGAUUCAUGGCUGACUAUCUCGCGAUGGGCCACAUGCGCCCGCUCACCAGCGCUGAGCUUGCAGCUACAGCUGGGCCCGUCAACUACAUCCAUUAUCAUGGCAUCUGGCAGCAUGACGAUCGCGGGGGCAAGCUCCGAGUAGUCUUCAACGCGUCCAACCCGAUUUCCAGUGGUCACAGCUUGAACGACGUCCUCCACGCUGGACCCAGACUCCAAGCCGCGCUCCCAUCGGCUGCCGAUCCCAGCCAGCCUCCAACCCACUACCAGCUGCUCACUGUGACUUACGGCAAGUCGUGCUCGCCUUACCUGUCGCUGCGUACCCUCCAACAGCUAUGCCAGGACGAAGGCCACAACUGGCCCAAAGCUGUGUCAGCCGCCCUAUGUGACCGCUACACCGACGACUUUCUCACUGGGGCCGACGACAUCACCGCGGCUCGGCGCCUCCGCGACCAGCUGAGCGGGCUCAAGAGGGCCAGCGGCUUUCCCCUGCGGAAGUGGGUGGCCAAUGUCCACGAGCUGUUCGACGAUCUGCCUGAGGACGUCCGCUUACGUCCAACCUGGGAGCAGCUCAGCGCUGAAGGCCUCGUCAGCGAGCUCAGGGUCAAGUGGGAUCCACCGUCGGACUGCUUUCAGUUGAUGCCUCCACCACUUCAGCGGCACAGCACAAAGCGAACGUUGCUCGCAUCGCUCGCGGGUCUGUUUGACCCAUGCGGCUGGCUCGCGCCGAUCAUGUUAAAUGCCAAGCUCUUGCUCCAGGAUCUCUGGCGCCCCAGACUGGGCUGGGACGAGCCUGUGCCGAUUUCAAUGACUCGCCGAUGGGCAGCAUUUACCGCCGAGCUCCAGGCAAUCUCCACCUUCACCUUGCCGCGCUGGAUCAGAGUCGGGCCUUUUUCCGAGCUUCACCUGCACGGCUCUUCGGACGCCAGUCGCCGCGCGAUGGCAGCCGUCAUCUACUCUCGUAUCGCGCCCGAGGCUGGGCCAGCGCUCUGCCACAUUCUUCUGGCUUGGACAAAGCUCUCGCCAAUUUGCUCGCUCAAGCUGGGGCCGCAGACAACCGCGCGCAUGACGAUUCCAAGCCUCAAGCUCCGCGCUGCACUGAUUGCCACCAAGCUCCUGCGGGCCGCUGCCGAUGAGCUACGCGUACUUGUCGACCGCUGUCACGCAUGGUGCAGCUCACAGAUCGUUGUGCACUGGCUGCGCUCAGACAGGCCAACCAACAACGUGCUGAUCGACAACUAUGUUGCCCAAAUCCAGGAAAUCCUGCAUUCGUGCGUCUGGCGAUACUUGCCGACCCAGUCAAAUCCAGCCGACCUUGCGACCAAAGCACACAUAGUGCAGUGCCACGAGAAUGCAACGAUUAAAAAUCAAGGAGCCGAGAAGCCGAUCAAAAAGGACAAGAGCAGUUAUAUUCUGCAAGCGACGGUGCUAUCAACCCGCAGGAAGACAGGACUAGGACACCAACUGCGGAUAAUCACAGGAUCAAGGAUCAAGGAGACAAGCGAGAGUGAUAGCGAAGGCCCAAGUAAUAAUAUUACGGCAGACUUGUACAGGCCAGAGCCCAAUAGUAAACAAAAAAAGGAAAAUAGGACGGAACGAAUGUCGGAAUUGGAGCUGGAACCCGAGGGGUGCAAGAAACUAGACGCCCUGGACGAAGAAACAUAA